AGCAACGAUGUCGUUCACCCAGAAGCAGGAGAAGAACCUGGUGAAGGCCAUAGGGCUCACCUCACCCCAAGCCAGACGGAGCACCUCCUGCUGGAAUAUCUGUGCAUGCGAAAGCCCAAGGUUGAUUGGAAGAAGCUCGCGGAGCUUAGCAACGUUACGCAUUCCGCCGCUAGAACAGCCUUCACCAAGGGCCGACGAAGCCUCGAGAAAUGGGAGGAGAAGAGGACCGCUGAGGCGGGUACUAAGAAAUCCGAGAAGGAUGAGGGCGAUACUGAGGAUCCUGGUGAGGAUGUGGAGGCUGGACAUGCAGAGGAGACUAAGAAUUAUAUAAUGUAG